AUGCAGUUGAAAACUGACUGUACUGAGGGUCUGGCCCUUUCCUGCCCUGACAGAAGUCUGGUAUAUUAUUUCCUGAAAACCAGAGGUACUCUGGACUGGGAGUUCCUAAACCCAGCCAAGGGCUUGAGCCUCCUAUUGAAAACAGAGGGGUUAAUUAGAGACAGGCAUCCUGAAAGCUAUAAAUCCCCAGCCUUCUCCAGCUCUGACUGUAAAACUCUGGCAGCUGGAAUAUUCUUCUGUGGGCCAUAUGACCAACUCGAGACAAAAUUAUCUAAGGAUAUGGACAGUAAAGUGUCCUCAAAAAGGACCCAGCUGGAUUACUUGACAGUGAAGCUCAUACUUCAUACUGUGAGACAUUGGGUGAACCGGCUUUCUGCACAGCUUCCCACCACAUCGCACAGCUUCCAGCCAUAUCACACUGCUUCCUGCUCCAUCAGACUGGUUCCUGCAUCUCUUCGCAUCCAGCGCCAUCGCACCGCAUCCCGCCCCAUCGCACCACAUCCGGCCCCAUCACACCACAUCCCGCUUCAUGGCACCGCAUCCCGCCUCAUCGCAUUGCACCCAGCCUCAUCCCACUGCUUCCCGCACGGCAUCCCGCAGCGCACGCCAGCCCGAGGCCCGUCCGCGAAAGCAGAGCUGAGGCCCAGCAUGCCGGAGAAGGGGAGCCUUCCAGGGCCGUCUGGGGUCCAGAGCCGGGUCCGCUCCCGCACUGCCCGCGCGGAGCUGUCGUUCUCCGUGAGCCACGUGGAGCACGUCCUGCGGGAAGACGGCUACUCGAAGCGCCUGGGCGCGACCACACCGAUCUUCCUGGCGGCCGUCAUCCAGUUCCUGACGGCCAAGGUCCUGGAGCAGGCGGGCAUCGAGGCCCAGAAGAGCGGCAGGAGGCGCGUCACCCCAGAUCUCCUGGCCAGGGCGGUCCACAACCACCCGCAACUCAACGACCUUUUCCGGUCCCUGGCCAACUCCCAGGUGGACCCGGACUAGACCUAGCUGCCCGACGCGACCUGGGUGCCGGGCCUGCU